GAGAAAACUGCGCCUUGGCUCUGCUAAGCACUUCAGUGAAAUCGUCGCGGGAAUGGAAGAGAAAGGACAGCACAGAAAGAACACAAACUUAUUUUUAUCUCUUUUAGAAGUGGCGAGAAUGUUUCUUCUCCUCUAUUCAGACGCUGGAGAAAAUGCCUGGGUGAGAAAUAUAAAUUUCCCCAAAUAGAAAUUCUGAAACUUGAUGUUGGAAGAAGCAUAAAUGCUAAAGAAAAAAUGCACACAGAGAGAGAGCAGCUUUAGAACAAUUACAGAAACUAAACCCAAACGAACAACUUUUUUUUUUUUCCAGAAAGUAGCAAAGAAAAAUAAAUCUUAAAAUCCACCAGGAGAUGAAAAAGAAAAUGACAAAGGAUCUUCCUGGGUGCAAAGCGGACUUUACUAAACUGCAAGAGAAAGAGUUUCCUGACCCUCACCUGAUAAAUUAGGAACUGCAGCCAUUAAAACGGAAACCUCAUAUAUCAUUUCUAAAGAUAUUUUGGGGGUGACCCACUGUGGAGAAAGAGGAUUCUUAAUAAGGGGAAAUAUGGGAACCGCUGCCUGCCUACGUACACGCUGCCGGGGACUGGACACUCAGGAGAGGAGGAGUUGCAUAUACACAAAGUGAGCAUCUGAUUUGCACCACUUUGUACUUCCAAAGAGCAAAUCUGCGUGGGCUCUAUCUAAAGGGAGCCAUUCGGCAUCCACAUUAGCUAUCACUUUUUACUGCUGUAGAAAGAAAAAUAAACCCAACCAAACAUUAACAGAAACUGAUGCACUGCUUACUUCUCACAGCUACCGAACUGCCUUCUAUAAUCUUCUGAAACCAGUACCACGCUCUGAAGGUGAGACCUGACUACCGAACCGUACCAGCCAAAGAUGGACACAAGACAAGAACUUCAUUUUUAAGACCUAAUUGCACCCACCCAGCAAAACACAGGAUGAAAAAAAAAUUGGAUACCAGCUCAGACAUGGUUUCAGUAUCUCAAAAUAGCAGAUGACCAGUUUACCGUACUGACCAUGCUGGCCUUUCUUCAGGAUCAUCCUGGACCAGAGUGGAACAGUGAACUCUUACAUGAUACACAAUUCCUAGGCAAAAUACAGCUUCUGAAUACAUUCUGCUGGACACAAACAUGUCCCUUCCUUUACAUUUCUUGAAUGAAUCUGGAGAUAGAAAUGGAUCUUUGUCACCUCUCUCAGUAACAGGAGAACUCAAACAGGACUACCCAAGCGACGAACAAGGAAACAAAGUACAUUGGGCAGCUUUACUGAUCUUCCUGGUAAUAAUCCCCACCAUUGGGGGGAACAUACUGGUCAUACUGGCAGUGUCUCUGGAGAAAAAAUUGCAAUAUGCUACCAACUACUUUUUGAUGUCCUUGGCGGUGGCAGAUUUGCUCGUGGGUCUGUUUGUGAUGCCAAUUGCCCUUCUGUUAAUAUUAUUUGACAAUGUCUGGCCUUUACCAACUGCCUUGUGUCCUAUCUGGCUGUUCCUUGAUGUCCUGUUUUCCACAGCUUCCAUCAUGCACCUCUGUGCCAUCUCUUUAGACCGCUACAUUGCGAUUAAAAAGCCAAUCCAGGCUAGUCAGUACAAUUCAUGGGCUACAACAAUCAUCAAAAUCACCGUAGUUUGGCUCAUUUCAAUAGGCAUUGCUAUUCCAGUUCCUAUCAGAGGCAUUGAAGAUAGAAAUGGUAACCCUAAAAACAUCACCUGUGCUCUGGUGCCUGACCGCUUCCACGACUUCAUUCUGUACGGGUCAGUGGCUGCAUUCUUCAUUCCCCUGGCUAUCAUGAUAGUCACCUAUUUCCUGACGAUCCAAGUGCUACGCAAGAAAGCCUACUUGAUCCACAAACCGCCUCAGCGGUUCACUUGGUCAACAGUGUCCACAGUAUUUCAGCGGGACACAACUCCUGCCUCCUCACCAGAAAAAGUGGCCAUGCUGAAUGGCUCCAAAACGGACAAGACUUCAGCCAGUGACAUGCCUGUCUGCAGAACAUCUACCAUAGGGAGGAAGUCCAUGCAAACGAUAACCAACGAACAAAGGGCAUCGAAAGUCCUGGGGAUCGUAUUCUUUCUGUUCUUGUUAGCGUGGUGCCCGUUCUUCAUUACAAACAUAAGCUCAGUUUUGUGCAACUCUUGUGACAAGGAGGUUUUCCAGAAGCUGAUGGAGAUAUUUGUUUGGAUAGGAUAUGUAUCCUCGGGAGUGAACCCCCUUGUCUACACGCUUUUCAACAAAACCUUCAGGGAGGCUUUCAGCAGGUAUAUGACUUGUAACUAUCGGACCACAAAGCCCAUCAGGGCCCUUAGGAAGCGCUCCAGCAGGAUCUCUUUCAGAAGCUCUGUAGCAGAAAACUCCAAGCUCUUUGUCAUGCAUGGGAUGAGAAAUGGAAUUAACCCCAUUAUGUACCAGAGCCCAAUGAGGCUGAGGAGCUCACCCAUCCAAGCUUCAUCAGCCAUUCUGCUGGACACAUUGCUGCUCACAGAGAAUGAAGUUGAUAAAACAGAAGAACAAGUCAGCUAUGUAUAGCGGAACAGCAGACAUGUCCAUAUCAUAGUUAUUACUGCAUGUAUUAUUCUAGGUAAACAUGCUGUAAGAGGGUAUAAAUACUACUGUUUUCUGUUAUUUAUGCAAGCAAUAUCUUAUAAAUUUAUAUUAAUUCCUCUCUUCCAAAGUCUUCUCUACUUUAACCCCAGUCCCAUGGUGGCAACCACAACCUCAGUCCACCAUAAAUGACUAUUGCAGAGCUGUAGC